UCUUCACGUUCUUCCUCUCGCCGCUGUUCUUUCCCUCCAGAGCUCAAGCUUUUCUUCUCUCCUCUCCAAUUUCCUUCACCAAUCACUUCCUCUGCCAGCAUGGGGAAGAAACAACCAGCCACGCGCACCACGGGCACCGCCGGCGACGCUACCUCAGGGAAGUCUCGAGCCACAGGAUGGGAAAGGUCAAAGUGCACCAAAAACGACCUCCACAAGAUGCGCCAAUUUGGGCUGCUUUCCGCGGCAGCGGAGGUGAAGCUUGCCGGCGACAAGACCGUUCCCCGUCCUGACGAAGGCUGGCGGGUAAUGUUCCUCGCCUUCAUUUUCCGUGGUCUUUCCCUUCCUGCCCACGAAUUUCUUCUUGGGCUUCUUUUUGUUUACGGCGUGCAGCUUCAUCAGCUCACGCCAAACUCCAUCUUGCACAUCGCGUGCUUCAUUACCUUGUGCGAGUGCUUCCUGGGCAUCGACCCACACUGGGGCCUAUGGAGGCGUUUGUUCUUUAUCCGGCGAAACGCGACAAGGACCUCUGUCCAUGUCGGCGGUGGCACCAUCAUCUUUGUUCGAGCCGAAGCCGAAUACUUUGACUUCAAGAUGGCCGAGUCCAUCCAGAACUGGCGCAAGAAAUGGGUCUACAUCAAGGACGAGAAAAUCGGAGAACAAAAGUUCGGUCUUGCCCCCUUCGACCCGACAAAAGAAGUGAAGAAGCUGAAGUCGUGGGAUCUUCCAUUGAUUGAAGCCGAAUUCCAGGAAACCAAGCCUCUUGGGGCCCGGAUCCACGCCCUGCAAACCGGGGAAGGCAAAGAUCUGUCGGGUCUGCAAAUCAUGACUCACUUCCUUCGGGUGCGAGUUCAGCCCAUCCAAGCGAGAGUCCAUGCCAUGUGGUGUUACUCGGGAUCCAAGGACCCGACAAGGGUUUCCAAGGAGGACUUGUCCACCGCUGAACUCGAGAAGAUAGCUCGACACUUCACCACGCUCACCGCUUCAGACAACAUCCCCUCCCCUUGUCGAGUUACACCGUUUGACAAGAAACAUCCACCACCAUCUGAUUACAUUUUCCUUUCUUGCCUUCCUCCAGUGCAUGAGGGAGGGGUAGAACCCGAAGCCGCUAAAGAAUCUGAAGCUACGGUGGAUCCUAAGGGAGACGCAGAAGCUAUCGAGGAAGAGGAGGAUGCUUUAUCCGAAUCUUACCAUACCGAGGUUUCACCCCCCUGCCAAUUCGCAGGACGAAAAGGCCAGAGGGAAAAGGAAACGAGCCGAUGCUGACGAGGGCUCUGAGUCUUCGAGUGCUUCACAGCCGAAGUUUGUUGUCCCAAUUAGCUCGGCUGCUCCUGCUCCCCAUGAUUGGUUUGACAUGACCGAGAACAUCAGCUCGGACAAGGAAGAACCUCCAAAGGACGCUACUGCUGACACGCUGCUGAAGGCGUUCAUCGUGAGCCAAGUAAGCCAAUGAGUCCGCGGGACUAGACCGUGGACUCACAAAUAUUGAAGAAUCCAGAGGAAAACCCCCUGGCGCCUCCCAAGAAGAAGAGUAAGAAAAGUGAUGCUAACAAGGGCAUC